AUGCGCUUCGGCAAGACCCUCCGAUUAUCAGUCUACCCGCCAUGGCAGGACAAAUACAUCGAUUAUGGGAAACUCAAGAGCCUUCUGCGCGAGAAUGAGCCCGAUGAUGAGGAGACGCCAUGGACCGAAGAUGACGAGAACCGCUUUUGCGAAGAGAUCUUCAACGUCCAGCUAGACAAAGUCGCCGAGUUCCAGGCAGAACAGGUCGAGAACCUGCGUCGCCGCAUUGACAGCGCCUUCGAGAAGCUCAAGGAUCUGCCCACGGCCGAGGAGGGCAAGCCGAAGCCGGAUACCGACCCGCAGCAACUCAAGGACCUCGAGGCCGAGCUCGACGCUAUCACGAACGAGGUCAAGGAGCUGCAGAAGUACAGUAACCUCAACUACACGGGCUUUCUCAAGAUUGUUAAGAAGCAUGACCGGAAGCGCGGCGACCGCUACAAGAUCCGUCCCAUGAUGAUGGUUAGCCUGGCUAAGCGGCCCUUCAACUCGGAGCAAGCCUACUGGCCGCUGCUCAACAAGCUGUCCCUCAUGUACUUCGCCAUCCGCCAGCAGCUCGAGGAGCCCGGCGCGGGCGAUGCCUACCCCAUCGACCCCAACAGCCAGCCCGAAACGCAUAAUGGGGAGAAGUACACGGCGCACAAGUUCUGGGUGCACCCGGACAAUCUGCUCGAGGUCAAGACGUACAUCCUCCGCCGGCUGCCAGCAUUGGUGUACAGCGAGCAGUCCGCCAAGGAGGUAGACGGACAACAGGACCCGACCAUCACGUCGGUCUACUUUGACAACCCCAAGUUCGACCUCUACCUGAACAAAGUUGAGCGGAAGACGGAGGCAUCGUCCCUGCGCCUGCGCUGGUACGGCCAGCUGAGCUCGCGCCCGGACAUCUCCUUCGAACAGAAGAUCCUGCACGAUAACGGCACCAGCGAGGAGCGCAAGUUCGUAAUCAAGGAGAAGUACAUCAAAGCUUUCUUGGACGGCGAGUAUAAGAUGGAGAAGUCGGUGCAGAAGAUGGAGAGGAAGGGCCAAAAGGUGGAAGACGUCGAGGCAUUCCAAUCGACAGCGGAUGCUAUCCAGGCGUUUGUGCGUGCGAACAAGCUUGAGCCGAUGGUAAGGGCCAAUUACAAGCGAAACGCCUUCCAGAAGCCGGGCGACGACCGCGUGCGCAUAUCGAUUGACACCGACAUUGCCUUCAUACGAGAAGACACGCUCGACCGCGAUCGGCCAUGCCGAGACCCUAAGGAGUGGCACCGCGCCGACAUUGAUGACAGCAACAUGACGUACCCUUUCAAGAAUAUCAACCAGAGCGAAGUAUCGCGCUUCCCUUACGCCGUACUUGAGAUCAAGUUGAGGGAAGACAGCCGCGGCAAGCGCCCGGCCUGGAUUCAGGACCUGACCGGCUCCCAUCUUGUCCACCCCUGCCCGCGCUUCUCCAAGUUCGUCCACGGCACCGCCUCGCUUUUUGAGGACUAUGUCAACAGUCUUCCCUUCUGGCUCUCCGACCUCGAUACCGAUAUUCGCAAAGACCCGCAGGUCGCCUUCGAAGCGGAAGAGUCCCGCCGCGCCCAGCGCGCCGAAAACGAACAAGUCGUCGGCAGCUUCCUCGGCACCAAGCUCAGCUCCUACAAACCCACCCGUAGCUCGCCCGUCGCCCGGUCCUACCUCGCCGACCGGCUCGCAGCCGAAACCCCCGCCCAGACUCCUAAAUCAGCCCGCUUCUCCCGGGACAGCGCCGCCCAAGCCGACGAAGCCGGUGAGCCGAGCACGCUCAACAACGGCAACCAACCUCAAACCGACGACCAACAGCCACCCGAGUCCCAGCCCGGGCGAUCGGGCCUCAACUACGGCACGCUAUCCUCCGUCUUUCCGGGCUUCUCGCUCUCCAAGUACUCCCCGCGCCAAGCAGGCCCGCGAGGCGCGCCAGCUUUCAGGGCAGCGCCGCCACCCUCCCCCCGGCGUCGUCGAGCCGACCGAGUGGAUCAAGAACGCGAUCCCCUGCAGAUCGAGCCAGUUCGCUGGCUACGAGGGCACUCUCAGUGCAGCAUAUCUGUGUGCUGCUCGCGGCUGCGUCAGUUUGUACUCGUCGGCGGCAGCGGCGGGAUGCCCUUGCUCAGGGAUAUGAUUGUUCAGCGCAGCGGGAAGGACUUUGAUUUCUUGCUGUGGCCGCUGGUGGUUAGUGUGGCGUUGGCGGUGGCGUUGUUGGUGAAUUUUGUGUUUGCGUACCGGAAGGCUUUCGCCGACGAUGGGUUUGGAUCCUCUCCACAGAGCUUGCAGAAGUCACCUUACGCACAGAUCAUCGACGGCCUUCCUACUGGCGAUGUCGCUUACGAAGCUAUAAUCGAGCCUUAUGGCGCCCACCCGAUCGACCACGCCCAUGACCAGUUGUGCCCGGGUAUGCUGGACAAGGCGCGCGAGUUUCGUGAUGGUUUCCGGCUGGAGAUGUUGUCCUUUGACUCAGAGCUACUCCACGAUUACCGCGCCUGUGCUCCGGGGUCGAUUGGGUUCCAGACGUGCUUGAUCGAACUGGUUGCCGUUGCCGUCCACCAAAUCGCCGCCCUCCUUUUCGAGCGUGACACCAGCGUGCACAAGGACGACGGUAUCACCGAAUGGGCCCCGCCUAGGUCGGAUUCCUUAUACUGGACGUGGCACCCCGAGGGACCGCCCCCAUCCCUGUUCUAUCACAGGUGGUACGUCGAUCACGGCCAGUAUCCCCGGCAUGUCGCCGAUAUGGUAGGCUACUGGGCCGAAGCACGCAUCCUUGGCGGCGUCGUGCUCUUCGACCGGCGGGACCCAGCAAUCACCCCGGAUGCCGACCCAGGCGCCAUCUACUUCCACUCGGACCGGUACAAAUACACCUAUCGCAUCUAUCAGCUGCUGCCCGAGCAACGGCAGGCCUUCCUCGACUUUAUCCUGGCCGACGAACCCCCGUCGGAAAGCCCGUUUCCCAUUCUAGGUGGCGACAGCAACCGCGUUCGUGUAGAUCCGGAGGAGCCGAUCUACACAACUGGGAUUUACCGCGACUUGUGGGAACGGAAAGAACUGGGCCCAGACGCCGGCGACGCGAGGAGGAGGAGUGGAACCGAGCCAGGAAACGCCAAGCUGAAGCAACAAGUGCUCAAAGUGUAUCUUUGGCGCAAUGGAUGCCAGGUGCCAUCGCUCUUAGUAGUCAAGGCGGUGUCGCCAAACACCCCUAGACGAGAAUCGGCACAACAGAAAACCGUACAACCUCUGGUGCACUUGAUUGCUGGAGCGCUCCAAUCCGACCUUUACCGGCUACACGCGGGGGGAGGGGCGCACCCAUUCCAUCCCCAAGCAACACCCGCCGCUACCGGCCUCAUCGGCGCACCAUUACGGCACAUCCGAGAAACCGCCCAAAUCUUCGGCUCCAUACACCGCACCGAAGGCUGGCGCGCCUUCUUCCGUGGCCUCGGCCCAAGUCUCUCGGGAGUCGUCUCCGCGACCGCGAUCAAGUUCUACGUGUACGGGAACUGCAAGACGCUCGGGGCGCGUCUGCUGAACCGCCAAGAGGAUGCCGCCAUAGUCCACGCCCAGGCCGCCGUCGCCGCGGGCAUCACAACCAACACCCUCACCAACCCCAUCUGGCUCAUCAAGACAAGGCUGCAGCUCGACGCAUCACGGGCACAAGCGGCCGGCGGCGCAGCAUCGAGAAGGUACAAUAACAGCCUGGACUGCGUGCGGCAGGUCCUGCGGCAGGAGGGCGUCCGCGGGCUGUACAAGGGCCUCUGUGCGAGUUAUUUGGGCACGGCGGAGACGGUGCUGCACCUCGUUACCUACGAGAAGCUCAAGUCGCUCUCCCACGAAGCGCUGGGCGGGGCUGGGACACAGGAUGCCACGAUAUGGGGUGAAGUCAAGCACUGGCUCAGCAGCAGCGGCGCCGCGGGGGCAGCCAAACUGGUCGCCAGCCUGGCCACAUAUCCCUACGAGGUCCUGACGACCCGGUUACGACAGCCCAUGGAGAACGGCGCGCCCCGGUACGCCGGCCUCGUCCAUUGCGUGCGCUCGAUCGGGGCCGAGGAAGGUUGGUCGGCGCUGUACGGCGGCUUGACGCCGCACCUGAUGCGCUCCAUCCCGGCCUCCAUCGUCACCAUGAGCGUUUACGAAUUCGUCUUGCGGUGGGCGGGAGCAUGA